AUGGCGAGCAAAACGAAGAACAGGGCUCUGAUCAUUGUCAAUUACGAAUUCCACGGAAGAAAUGCGGGAAGCGGACUCACCCCAAGACCGGGAGCCAAGAGGGAAGCAGACAGGAUUUUCAAAGCGUUAUCCAAGUGCCAUUAUGCCGUGAAAUUGCACGUUGACUUGACGGCUAAGCAAAUAGAAGAACUUUAUGAGGAAGAAUGUCACGCAGAUCACGGGGACUUUUUUGUAAGCAUUCUGUCCAGUCACGGAGAAGAAGGGAUUAUCUAUGACUGUGAAGGACAGCCAGUUCAGCUCACGCGUAUUUUCCGGAUAUUAGAACCUGAAAGGUGCCACAAACUGGCUGGGAAACCCAAAAUCUUCUUCAUUCAGGCCUGCCGUGGAGAGGAAAUUGAUCAAGGUGUUUGGCUGCAGACAGACAGCGGUGGAGCACAGACUGAGUGUUUCUCAAACUAUCUCUCCAUUCCUCAAGACACUGCAGUGAUGUAUUCUUGCAGUCCAGGCUACGCUUCGUUCAUCAAUCGGUGGGAAUCCAUGUUCCUCAAGGCCUUACUGGAACUGCUAGAAGGAGAGGGAUGCCAUUUUGAAGUUGCCCGUUUGAUGACCCGAAUUAGCUGUAGAGUCGCCUUGGACUUCGAAGCGAAAGGGAAACACAGAGGGGGCAAAGAAAUGCCCUGCUUUGUCACCAAGAUGGUGAGAGAGGUUUACCCCUUCUCACAAGGAAGACAGGCCUCAGGAGAUCUCUCCAGUUGA